CAAAGGAAAACCAUCUAACCCCCCUCACGAUCUGGAAUUGUCUCGUCGGAAAAACCAUGGCCUUGAGCAACGGACCUAGUACCCGCGACGCGCAUGUUGACAUUCGAAUCUCAGGCUCAGAACCCCAACCGGAAUUGGAAGAUGACUUGGAGAAGCUGGAAUCUGAUCUUCAUAAGAUGGCCCAGAAGAUUCUAGAAUACAGAACGACGCUUCCCGAUCAGCUCAAGGCCACUCUGGUUACGGUGCUCUCCAGUCAAAGACCCAUUUUGCCUGGCACCGAGUUGGAUUCGGACCCUGGACCAUCGGAUGAGCGCUGCAACUCAGAAUUUGAUGCUUCAAUUAACCACAAUUGAGGUGGGGAUUUGAUGUUUGAUGCAUAUGGGGGAAGAUAUGAUGAAUACUUGUUUGAUUGUGGAUUGGUUAUUUGAAGUGGAUUACCAUAAGAAAUAUUAGGAGAGGGAAUUAAAGAUACCAUCUUUACUUCAAAAGAUGCACUCCAUUUAUACCUUUUCUUUCUUUUGUUUUUUGUGUUUGUGUCGAUUUCACUUUGUUUUUCUCUCUCUUAAGAAGGAGAUGAAUGCAAUUGUGAUAGAACUUCAGAUGGUUUCAGCAGUUCUGUUGUGAUGUCUACUGUGGAAGUGAUGUUGGUCUUCACAUGAAGAGAAAGUGAAGUGAAUUUAUACUAAUCUAAAACAUUUUCCUGAUGGCAGAAAUUUUUUAUUGCUCUCCCUGUUUAUAUAACUACCAUUUUCGAAGUUCCUAUCUCUUUAAUUGAAAGUAAUGGCCUUUAAGUAGGGGUACUAACCAACAUUUUAUCUUUAAAGAUUCGAGACAGGUUGAAUCUAUCCGAGACGGUUCAAAAGCAGAUGGGGAGCAAAAGAAUUCUGAGAAGAUAAUUUUGCUUAAAGAUAAAAUUUCUGCCAACAUUGCUGCUAUGCCGCUUGUUCUUAAGAGGUUGAGGGAGUGUAUCUCCAGGAUGGAAAAGCUAGACUCUUGUAAUGGAAUCAUACAUCCAGCUUUUAAAAGGAGAAAAGAUAGUUGACCAGUUGGUCUCGUGCUCUGAGUUUGAUAGUUGAUGAUGGUUUGACUAUGGGUAUGCUUCCAUAGUUGACCAAACUCUGUCACUCUGAUUUUAACAGUGCAUCAAUGCACCCAUAUAUUGUAGAAAAUUUGUGCUUCCAUCACCAUUAUUGGAUUCAGCAGUUUCCGGGCAGUGUAAUUCUAUUUGUACUGCGUAAUGUAAAUGCCUUGUUUCACACCUCAUUUUGUUCCAGUAUGCCUUUGCUUCUCAAA